AUGCUGGCCUCGAAGCGGCUGGCGAAGGAACUCGCCAAGAUCCAUGAGGGCCUUCCGCCAGGCAUCGACCUAGUCAAGGCGGAUGACUGGGACGAGUGGCUCAUGGACAUCCGCGUCGUCGAUGACAACCCCAUCUACCGCGGCGAGACGUACCGCCUAAAGUUCAAGUUCAGCAACAACUACCCCAUUGAAGCGCCCGAAGUCACGUUCACGACCGCGCCCCCCACCGUCGCAACCAUCCCUCUCCACCCCCACAUCUAUAGCAACGGCAUCAUCUGCCUCGACCUGCUCGACCGCGCCGGCUGGAGCCCCGUCCACAACGUCCAGAGCGUGUGCGUCAGCAUCCAGAGCAUGCUCACUGGCAACGUGGUCGCGGAGCGGCCGCCUGGCGACUCCGAUUUUGUCAAGCGGAACACACAGAGACCGAAAGACAUCAGGUUCGCGUUCCACGACGAUACGGUUUAA